UCACAAAAGCAAAAUCGCCAGAAUCCGAAAAUUUGAGAUGAUGUACGACGGCAGUAUUUGCGGAAAUUGUUUAACUUGUGUAUUUAUUUAGUAUAGUUUAGUAUUUUGUGUUAGACUUCAAGUAAACAUGAAUUCAAUUAAAUUCAACUAUUUGCGUAGGCGUAGCUGCGAAAUGUUAUACACAAAAAUAAUUUAAGCGUUCAUAAUUAACUCGAGAGUGGGUUUUAUCUGAUAAGAAUGGUCUUGAAUUAAAGUAUGCCGCUUACAAUUGUAAACAAAAGUAAAAUGAUUGCUGAAAUCAUGAAAUUUUCGUUUCACCAUAGAGCGUUUUACUGCUAUGUUGGGAUGAGUAUAUGGAUCUGUUUCUUAAUAACGGUAAUGUACAAAUACAUAUCAAUUGGAGAAGAUGCAACUGUGAUCAAGAAGAUUGUGCAGAAUGAAUACAUAUCCAAAAGUGAUAUCAAGUAUAGGAAGAUAUAUCUACGCUCAUGUAAUCCACCCGACAGUAUUGUGAGGGGUGCUGAAGCUGUGGUGGACAGUGAUACUUGGCUUCUGCAAGGAGUGUUAGUUGUUACAAGACAUGGUGACCGAGGACCCCUUACACAUCUGCAUGGGGGAGACAAACUGCCCUGUGACACUCCACCACCGUCAACUUUGUUAAAGAGGUACGAAGAAUGGGUGUCGAACACGAGCUCGACGGGGCGCGCUUGGUGGGUGGCGGGGCCGGGCCCGUUCCACAGCUUCCCCGCGCUGCCGCCGCGCGCCGCCGCCGGCGCCGCCACGCGCUGCGCGCUCGGCCAGCUCACGCCGCAAGGCCUGCUGCAGAUGCUCACCGUGGGCAAUAUUCUGAAAGAGGCGUAUGGAGAAAAACUUGGGCUAGAUAAUUCAGAUCCGACGGGAAAACGAGAUACAGGAGAAGUAAUAAUGUACAGCACGCGAUACCGCCGAACGUUCCAGUCCCUAGCGGGGCUCGCCUGGGGCUUAGCGGGUGCCAAUGCGGGCGCUCGGCUCGCUAGAGCGAGAGAGAGCCAUAGCGUCGCCUUCUGCUUCCGCGAGUGUGCGUGUGCUGCACACCACGCCUUGAACAAAAAAAUCAGCAUCCAAGCAAAACACCGCCUGGACAACCACCCAGCACUAAAAGAGCUGGUCACCAAGCUCUCCACCGUGCUCUUCGAGUCGCAGGAGCACCCGGAGCCCGACAUGGUACGCGACGGAGUCCUGGCUCACAUGUGCCACGACUCGCCGCUGCCGUGUGUGAGGAGACCUGAGAAACAGAAGAUCAGCUUGAAGAGGAAUAGGAGGCUUCGAGAGGAUACCGUGCCGGGGAAAAAGUUGCUACAAUAUAAGGUAAAUGUGGAUAAUAGAAAAUCUGAAAGAGAUAUAUUAACCAAAGAAGUACCGGGAAACGGUGAUGAAGAUAUUUCUAUUAAAAAACCUGAGAAAGAGAAGCUAAGCUUGAAGAGACAUAGAAAGUUUCACGAGGAUACUGUUCUUGAGAAAAAAUUACUAGAAUAUAAAGAGGUUACCAACAUAGAUAACAGAAAUCCUAAAGAACAAAUACCAAACGCACAAAUACAGCGCGAGUCUCCUAAUAAGGAUAGUAAUAGUUCAGAAAAUCUUAAACUAACUGUAAAAGGACAUGAAAGUUUCCACAAUAACUUACCUGAAAGGAAUAAUAUGAGAAAAGCAGAAUACGAAAAUGAAUUGGAAAAUCGCAAAGACACUGUGCCUAAAAGGAAUUUAUUAGACAUAGAUAUAGACACUCUUAACAUGGAAUUGGAUUACAUUAACAACCAGUUAGACUUCAACAACGAGAUAGGGAGGAAAGCUAGAGAUAUCAUCGGUAAAUAUUACGAUACUAAAGAUAAGCAGAAAGCUCCUUUAGAUUUCGAUGCUCAAAUGGAAAGAGAGAAGCUAUUAUACUAUCAGCAGAGAUAUAUGGAUAAUGCGGAUGCAUAUGAUGAUGUUGUCAUAGUUAAAAAGAAUUUAGACGCAGACUUUAAUUUUCCAAAUGACGCUCGCAUGGAUACAGAUUUUGAUGAGGAAUAUAAGGAACCUACACCAGAAAUAACAGAGGAAUUUUGUAUAAGAAAGGAUCAUAUAACGUCUUUAUUCGCGUAUUUAGAAUGGAGUUACAGACAAGAAAUCAAAAAUAUACAUAAUAGAAAACGAGGCUUGCUUUUAGCGUACGGAUUAAUGCACAACAUAGUGCAAAAUAUGAUUAGAAUGAUCUCAGAGAAUAAACCUAAAAUAGUCAUAUAUUCUGGACAUGACAAAACACUGCAACCGUUGAUUUUAGCACUUGGUUUAACUAAUUAUCAACACUAUAACGUACACUAUGCUUCUAGAAUGAUCUUCGAAGUUUAUAGAAAAAAAGAUUUACGCGACGAAUUCAAAUUUACUAAAAGGAAAGCGGUAGCACAAGAUUUUUACUUCAGGGUUGUUUACAAUGGGGAAGAUGUUACAAAUAAAUUGAGUUUUUGUAAAACUAAGCAGAGUAUAGUGAUGAAAGUAGUGGACCCGAUAGACGAUAUGAAGACGUAUAAUACUUACUUGUGUCCUAUAGAGAACGUUGUUAGGUUUAUACAUGACGAUUAUUUUGCUAUUUUUAACGUGACCAACUUUAAGGACGCUUGUGCUACCUAUGGGAAUCUCAAACAUGUUUAGGUUAACAAAUUUGUUAAACUAUUAUUAUUAGAUAUUAGCGACGUCUGAAGUGGACUUAAAGACUUUGUCUUAGUACUACGAAUAUGUAAUUGUCGCUGUCUCACUGCAUGUGCUGACAAAAUGUGGCUUUCCAUCACAGAAGGGUCUUGUUGAUUCAUGUGCAUAAGGACCUUUCCAUUAGGAAUCCACAAAUAACGUAUGUGAUUCAAAGUAACAUUCGCUCUCUUAUAAAAAAAGCCGUACUGGCCUUUUAAAUAUGGUUAAUUUUUCUU